AUGAGCAUUCUAUAUGCCGCAGUUGCUUGUGGACCGCGUGUGCUUUGUGAACAAAGCGUUGGGAGUGUGGAUUAUGGCAAGGAAGUCCGACAGCAGUUAGAGAGUUCUAUUCAAGAAUAUGUGACGUUCCCGCUUGGAUCAUGUACCUAUAAUUGCUACAACUCAAAUGGAAUAUCCUAUGUUGCAGUCAGCGAGGCUGCUGCAUCUCAACAGCAAACACUAAAUUUUCUUCGAAGAGUUCAAUGUUUAUUUACCUCUGAUCCAUCAAGAGUUCUUGAGGCACAAUCCGGUUCCGAACACUGUCAUCAAGUUGAUUUCGGGCGAGUACUCUCAGAAGAGAUGGUCCAGUUUAGUAGCCAAGACAGGAAUCGUCUAAUGCAGCUCCACAGUCAAGUAGCUGAUGUCUCUAUGCUGAUGCACCAAAAUAUCAACGAUCUCAACGAACGAGGAAAUAAACUCGAUGAACUUUUUGAUAAAACUGAGCAAUUUGAGGCUGAUGCACAGAUGUUCCAGAGCACGGCGAAAAGGGUAAAGGAGAAGAGCUAUUGGGAGAACUGUCGAAUGCGUCUGGUUCUUUUCGGCGCCGUAUUUAUAAUUGUGUUGGUUAUCCUUCUUAUCAUUCUCUGGGCAUCUGGAGUCUUCAAUGGCAAUUAA